GCUGGGAGGGCCCGGGCACUUUGAGGGUGGACGGGCGGGGCAGUGGCCCCAGGGGCGGUUGCCGCGGGGACCGGGUGGUGACGCGGCCCGAAGGCGGAAGUGAGAAACUCCCGAGGCGAGUUGGCUGAGCUGUGCGCGCGACGCGGCGAUGGGGAGCUCGGGCAGUCGUCUGUCCAAGGAGCUGCUGGCCGAGUAUCAGGACCUGACGUUCCUGACCAAGCAGGAGAUCCUGCUAGCCCACAAGCGCUUUUGCGAGCUGCUUCCCCAGGAACAACGAAGCGUGGAGGAGUCACUGCGUGCACAAGUGUCCUUCCAGCAGAUCCUCAGCCUUCCAGAGCUCAAGGCCAACCCCUUCAAAGUGCGGAUCUGCAGGGUCUUCUCCACGUCCCCAGCCAGAGACAGCCUGAGCUUUGAGGACUUCCUGGACCUCCUCAGUGUGUUCAGUGACACAGCAACUCCCGACAUCAAGUCCCACUAUGCCUUCCGCAUCUUCGACUUUGAUGAUGAUGGAACCCUGAACAGAGAAGAUCUGAGCCGGCUUGUGAACUGCCUUACCGGGGAGGGCGAGGACACUCAGCUUAGUGCCUCAGAGAUGAAGCAGCUCAUAGACAACAUCCUGGAAGAGUCUGACAUAGACAGGGAUGGGACCAUCAAUCUCUCCGAGUUCCAACAUGUCAUCUCCCGUUCACCAGACUUUGCCAGCUCCUUUAAGAUUGUCCUGUGACAGCAGCACCACUGUGUCCCAGAAUCCUGUCCAAGAACCUUUCCACUGCUGAGCUGUGGCCAAGGUUAUGCCUAUGUUGCCAGAGCCGGUCACGCUGGCCCAGCCUGGAGCUGGCACUGCGCAGAACCGCCUCAGGCAGGGAGGGCCCUCCUUGUGGGCUUCUCUCUUCUAUCAGCCACUGUCAUAGCUGUUUGUUUCUACUAAUCAACAAUAAAGAUUUAGAAGUUUUGACCCU